GUACGUCACUGCCGGUGGUUUCCCUGAAGUAGUAGGCUCUCAUUUAACAGCUACCCGUAACACUUCUGCCAACAGAUAAUCUGCGCUGUCUUGCUUGAACAAUAUUUGCAUAUGCCCACAGAUUACGAUGCCUUCCCAGUUAUCACCGCAGGGUGCCCGCACUGGCCCUGGUAAGCGAAGCACAAGAACCUUCGUGUACCUAGCCUGUGUAGGUGUGAUGGCUCUGGCUAACAGAUAAACAGCCAAGUUAGAAGCCGUCACGACUCUCAUGACCAAGCUGACUGACGAUCUCAAAUCAAAAAAGCUGACCACUCCCGAACGAGACGAUGCACUCGAAGAUCUCAAAGUCUACGGUCGCGAUCCCCGAGAUGCUGGCCCCAUCUUCACUCGAGAGGGGAUUGAAACUCUCACAAGGCAUGCCUUGGACAGCGCCUCGGAGUCGACAUCCCGCAACGCCCUCAGAUGUUUGUGCAAUGCUAUGUUUCUCAAGCCGGAGACACGGCAAAUGUUUGUAGACCUGGGCUACGAGGAAAAGGCGUGCAAUAAGUUGAAGAACGACAAUCGAGAUGAUGAGUUUCUUAUUUCACGCCUCAUCUUCCUAACAACAUACGGCACAAACAUUGAUCUUCGCACUCUGAUUGACCAGUUCGACCUUGCGGACUCCGUCGUCCAGAACCUGGCAAGGCAUGCGCGGCAGCACUCUAAGGACGCAAGCAAGGCAAAGGUAGACCCAAUGGAGGAGAUGGCCUUGGCUGAGACCUUGAAGUUGCUCUUCAACGUUACAACUUUUGCGCCCAAACAUGUCGGCUCCUUCACUCCAGCACUUCCCCAUAUCAUAACCAUGUUGCACAAGCACGACGUGCCACCUGCGAGCACACCCCUGGCCUCUCCACUCUCACUACUCAUCAAUGCACUGGUAAACCUACAAUUAGACAGCGAGCAGGCCCAGUCCCCCUUCUAUCCAGAGAGUGAGCCUACCUCCGUAUCGGAAAGGCUAAUUCAUCUCCUCGGGCUGUCGAUGAAAGCAUACGGGGAGAGCGAGCUCGAACAGACGGUCACUCCCCUGAUCUGCGUGAUCAGGGGUGUACAUGAACAUGCGCCAAAGAAUGUGCAGCAGUACAUCCGGGACAGUCUCUUGCCCACAGAAGAAGAUCGCCAAGAUGUCUUGGGCCGAGGAGAGACGCUGUCGUCAUCGCUGUUGCGGAACAUCACCAAUCCCAUGAUCCCCAAGUUCGGAAGCGCCGUAUCGCAUCUCCUCUUCGAGAUGUCGGACAAGGAUGCCUCGAAAUUCGUCCAUAACGUCGGAUACGGGUUUGCUUCCGGGUUCCUCUUCCAGAACAACAUUCCGAUUCCGGAGACGGCGUCAGAGGCUGCCGAAGCUGCGAGAGCAUUCAAUCCCAUUACAGGCCAAUAUCUGGACGCGGAGAAGGUUCAAGAUCUGCCGGAAAUGACCGAGGAGGAGAAGGAGAGAGAGGCUGAGAGGCUCUUUGUCCUCUUUGAACGGCUCAAGCAGAACGGUCUCAUCAGUGUACAGAACCCGGUGGAGAAGGCUUUCAGGGAAGGGCGAGUGCAGGAGCUGGAUGAUGAUGGCGCCGAUGCUGCUGAAAAGGUUGACUGAAGGCUCCGUUCUGGGAAGGCAGGAUGGUUCGUUCCUAAGGAGAUAUUUCGCUUCAACCAAGCUUCACAGAAGCUAGUCAUUAAAGCUCGUGUCGUUGACGAGUUGGCUAUCAAAGAUGCUCUCUGCAGGGUAGUACAUACCUAGUCAGGAUUGGUAUCUAGGUCAUACAGUGUGUCUUGAUUGGCCCGCGACACUAGGUUGGCCAUAUGCUCGUUGAUAUCUAGCAGCAUUCCAGCAGGUGACGCUCAUGAUCUUUAGCCUACCAUCUCCAGCAAUGGUAAAUCUGAAGGUUGAGACAUGUACUAUGUAAGAGUAGGUACAGCCAGACUGCCAUCCAUUUUAACCUCAGAG